AUGUACUCCCUGGGUCUGACGAUAUUGGCACUGGCGCUAGGCGCACAAGCCCAUUCCAAUGGCAUGGAUAUGAGCAUGGAUAGCGGCGCAAGCGUCUCAAUGGGCAACAUGAUCAUGUACCUCCACUUCACGCCCGGCGACAACCUCUGGUUCUACGGCUGGGCGCCGCGCACAGCAGGCGCCAUGGGCGGAACCUGCGUCGCGCUCGUCAUGCUUGCCCUCGUAGAGAGGUGGUUGUCUGCGCUUAAGGCGUGCGCGGAGAUGCACUGGCACCAACGCGCGUUGAUUGAAAUGGCUAACCGCACGAACAAGAGGACGACGCUCGGUCAACCUCAGUCUACGCCAACCAAAAUACCUCGUACUGCGCUACCCUUCAUCGCUGCACACGACCUCCCGCGCGGCCUAAUCACUGCCAUUCUCGCCUUGCUCGGCUUUUUGUUCAUGUUGGCCGUCAUGACAUACCAAGUCGGAUUUAUACUCUCUAUCGUUAUCGGGCUGGGCGUAGGCGAAGCGCUUUUCGGGAGGUACACGAGGGGGACGGCUCAUACGCUUCAUUGA